AUGGACCAGCAAAAGCUUGUUGAGCUGCUCCAGGCAUGCCAGAUUCCUGACACGCAGAAGGUCAAGGCUGCCACGGCCGAGCUGCGAAAGAAUUUCUAUCCUCACCCAGACUCGUUACUCGGCCUCCUCCAUGUCAUUGUGUCGCAUCCUGAAGCUACCAUACGCAUGCUUGCAGCUGUGCAAGCUUUGCGCCUUGUCCCCAAGCAUUGGAACAACAUCGCCGAAAAUCAGAAGCCCGCGGUUCGAAAUGAGAUCCUCCAAGCCAUUGUACGAGAGCAGGAUUCCAAGUGCCGACAUGGCCAGUCUCGUGUUAUCGCGGCCAUCGCGUCGCUAGACUUUAGCAACAAGCAAUGGGGAGACCUGUUACCUGCUGUCAGCCAGCUUGCCACCUCGGAGAACGUUGCCCACCGUGAGGUGGGUUCAUAUAUCAUUUAUAGUCUCCUCGAGGCGGACCCGGUCCAUUUCGAAGAUCAUCUCCCGAUGCUGUUUGAGCUCUUCUCCAAAACGAUCAAGGACCCUCAGAGUCGCGACGUGCGGGUCAACACCAUGAUGUCCAUCAGCUCCAUCCUAAUGCUGAUCAGCGCCGAUGAAGACGAACAGUCUGUGGAAACCGUCCAGGGCUUCAUCCCGUCCAUGGUAGAUGUCCUCAAGGAUGCGGUCGACAAUGGCGACGACGAAAGGAUACAACAGUCUUUUGAAGUUUUCCAAUCGUUCUUAUCUUAUGAGUCGGCCAUACUCUCUCGCUACUUCAAGGACUUGGUUCAGUUUAUGCUCGAUUUAGCUGUCAACACAAAUGCCGACGACGAUGUCCGGGUUCAGGCCUUAGCCUUCCUGGCCCAGAGCGUUAGGUAUCGACGAAUGAAGAUACAGGGCAUCCCUGAUAUGGGUCUGCAGCUCAUGAAGAAGAGCUUGCUCAUUCUGUCUGAGCUAGAUGAGGACGACGACGAGGACGACGCGAGUCCUGCUAGGUCUGCCCUUACAUUGAUCGAUCAGCUGGCUAGCGAUCUCCCGCCGCGGCAAGUUAUCGUUCCUUUGCUGGACGAGUUCCCCAAUUAUGCAAGGUCCCAGAAUCCUGGCCAACGCAAGGCCUGUGUUUUAGCGCUUGGGACCUGCGCGGAGGGCGCCCCCGAAUUCGUCUCGACGCAGAUAGAAUCUGUGUUACCCCUAGUCCUGAAUCUGCUUAAAGAUCCGGAGCGGAGUGUCCGCUAUUCCGCCCUUCUCGGUCUCAUACGCCUGGGCGAGGAUUUAUCCGACGGCAUGUCUUCGCACCACGAAGCUAUUAUAACCGCCUUAAUUAUGAACUUAGAUGCGGCUAGCAGCGACGAGUCUGACAAGAAGAAUUCUGAGAUUAUCGGAUCUGUAUGCGGCGCCAUUGAUUCCUUAGCCGAGGGGUUUGGGCCAGAAAUCAUGGCGAAGUACGGGGAGAGUAUGAUACAUCGUGUUGGGACGUUCCUAGCACACCCCGAUCCUAAGGUCAAGGCUUCAGCCGCGGGUGCGCUAGGCGCCAUCGCUGCUUCUAUCAAGAGUGCGUUUAUUCCUUACCUCAAAGACACCAUGGAGGCCAUGUCAUCAUACAUCAUGGCCGAGAGCGGUGAGGAGGAGUUAGCGCUACGAAGCUCUGUUUACAAUGCCAUGGGUCGUAUCGCCGUUGGUGUCGGAGCCCAGCAAUUCAGCCCAUACGCCAUGCCGCUACUAAUAUCUAGCGAGAAAGCCCUCAACCUUGAAAAUGCUCGCCUCCGGCAGACCACUUUCGUCCUAUGGAGUCAACUCGCUACGGUGUACGAAGGAGAUCUUGGAGACUCGCUCGCGGGGAUUUUUAAGGGCCUGUUUGACAGCUUACAGCUCGAAGAGGAAGACUUUGAGCUAGACGUCAUUGAAGAGCAGGAGGGCCUUGUAGACGAGACGGUUGUCGGGCGUGCCAAGAAGGCCAAGGCCAAGAUCGUUGGUGAAGCUGAGGAUGAUGAUACUUAUGACAUGGACGAUGAAGACGACGACGACUGGGAUGACCUUGUUGGCGUAUCCGCUCAGGCACUAGAGAAAGAGACCGCGCUGGAAGUGCUCGGAGACGUCAUAUACGCAUCCAAGGAACGGAGUACUCCCUACAUCGAGAGGACAGUGGAACUAGUGGCUCCUUUUGCGGAGCACAUAUACGAGGGCUGUCGGAAAUCCGCUAUUGGAACCUUGUGGCGAACGUAUGCUUGCGUUUGGGAAGUCGUGGAAAAGCAGACGGGCAUAAAAUGGGAGCCAGGCUUGCCCUUGAAGUCUGAACCAAUUGCAAACAUUGCCAGAUUGGGUGAGAUCGUUUCUACUGCCACCCUGCAGAUCUGGCAGGACGAAUCCGACCGGGACCCGGUUACCGAGAUCAAUCGGAGUGUUGCCUUUACUCUCAAGGCAUGCGGUCCGGCGAUACUAGGACAGAGGGAUAUGAUGGAGGGGAUUGUUACCGUCCUUGGAACUAUCAUCACCCGUUCGCAUCCCUGCCAACAGGACCUGGGGGACGAAGAAGAAGACCAAGAUAUGGCACAGGGUAGCUCCGAGUGGGACUGGCUCAUCGUGGAUACCGCAUUGGAUGUGUUGAUCGGCCUCGCCUGCGCCCUGGGGGCACAGUUUGCCGAAGUCUGGAAGGUCUUCGAGAAGCCCAUUCUCAAGCUGCUUAGUUCCAACGAGGCCAUCGAACGGUCGACAGCUGUCGGCGUGGUGGCCGAAUGUGUCGCAUACAUGGGUAGCGCCGUGACUCCCUAUACGGCAAAUCUACUGCGUCCGUUGCUGCACCGUCUUUCCGACGAGGACAAGGACACCAAGUCGAAUGCGGCUUACGCAACUGGUCAGCUCGUAUAUCAUUCAGAGGAUACGAAGACGUGUCUCGCUGCGUAUAACCAGAUCCUCAGAAAGCUUGAGCCCUUACUGCAGAUCAACGAUGCUCGUUUACAGGAUAACGCGGCCGGAUGCCUAUGUCGCAUGAUACUAGCCCACCCGGGCCAGGUCCCCAUCGCAGAAGUUCUGCCUGCGCUUGUAGAGCUGCUUCCUCUGAAGGGGGACUAUGAGGAAAACAAGCCUGUUUAUGAAUGUUUGCAUAAGCUAUAUGUGCUCUCCAAUCCGACGGUGCAGGAACUCACCCCCAAGCUCCUCGGCAUUUUCUCCCAGGUCCUCGGACCUCCAGAUGAGCAGCUCGAACCAGAGACAAGAGAAGUCGUGCUGGAGAUGGUACGCGUCCUCUCUAAGUAG